GAACAAAAGAGGAUUUGGUUUUCCAAUCUCCCUGAGGCGGCAGCGGCUACCAGGAGAAACCAAAGUAUAAAUUAUCAACGAGGAAAGCGUGCGUGGGGUGCGUGUGUAUAUGUGUGUGUGUCGGGGGUGGGGAAGAGGACGAGGGUAGGAAAGGGAGCUGGGGCACUUGCUAAGGCUCUGAGGACUUUUUCGUGAGGUACCUCGUUACGUAAUAUUUAUAACGAAAGGCGUUGCAGCUGCAUCAGCGCGCUGGCCCGCAUUUUGCGUCCCCGUUUACAACCACCAGCUGGGAUACAAUGGGGAUGGGAGGAGGGGACUAGAAGCGUCCGGCAGGCGGAUAGCGGUCUGAACAGCGGGAAACCAAUCAUUGGUGCAGAAGCGAGCCCAGGGAAUUUCCCCCGGUUCUGGCACCAGACCACGGACCCCGAGGGGCUGUCGUGACCCUACGGAUCAGCAGGGCAGCCAGCUUAAAAAUGCAGCAUCUGGGAUCAGUCCUCUUAAGAUUUUUAUUCAGUAGGCGGGGAAAAGGAGCUAGGGCUUAGAAACCUGCCUUUUCAGUCGGCUCUCUGGGGAUUCUGGGACGGUGACCCGGGCACCUCACACUGAGACCACCACACUGGAACGUGGGCCGAGGGGUCCUCAGGCGGAGGUAGAAGGGGGGAGGGCCCGCGCCAGGCGCGGAACCGCGCGCGGCCGCGAGCGCGCCGCUCCCCAGCAACAGCGCAUGCGCCGGUCGCCUUCCAGAAAAGCCGCGCAGCUUCGCGGGCCCGGAUCUUCCAAUCGGAGCCCGGCGUUCUCUGAGUGUGUAUCCUGGAGCUGUCGGCUGCCGGAGGCGGGAGGAAAAGGGCCGCCCGGGCCCGGGCGGGGCCGCGGCCGGCGAAAGUCUGCGGAGGUCUGCCAGGGAAGUCGAGUCUCCGGAAGUGGCAGUUGUAAACACCGUCUCCCUGGGGCUGGUCUCCCUCUUGUUCCCCCCUGUGCUCUUUGUUCCCCCUCCCUGGGUCCUAGAGUCCGUCGUGUUCCAACAGUUUUUGCUCUGACCCCGCGGCCUGCCUGGGCCUCUUUCUGCCUUUGAGAUCCGAAGCUGCCCCAGGGGUCUUGGGUGUGCAGUCUGGAUCACGGGAGACCCCUGAGGUCAAACUAUUCUGCAUCAGCUGUGUGAAUCACUGACUGUUUUGAAGAUCCCUUAGUGUUUGGCUGUAGGAGCCAUUAGAUAUUGGACUUCUGCUGGGGAUACCAAGAGACCUUGUGAGAUCUUCAUAUUUGUGUCUAUUUGGAGUUAGUUAUCGAGAUGUUUACCCAAAGAUUCCUUCAUACUGUAGUAACUUACAGUUGUUGACUCUGUAUAAUUUGGAGUAUCUCUGGUAGAAGAGUGUUCUGGAGAGAAGGCCAGGACUUCAGCCCAUGUAACCUGUAAGCCACAGACGUCUUGGACAGUUUUAAUCAUUAAUAACGAAGUAUAUCAUUAAGCAACAGUGGGGUAUUUUGAAAGAGUUGGAAGACUCAUCAUGAGUUUGAAUAUUUCAAAUAAUGCCUCCGGUGAUAUCCAAAGGUUGAAGAAUGCCUCAUCUGAUAUAAAACAAAUGGUUAAAAAUGAAACAGACUUGGAUAUUACUGCUGAUCUCAGAAAGAAACUCCAUCGGGCUAAGAAAGAAAAAUUAGAAAUAACAACUAAGCACAAUGCAGAGCUGGCAAGCUACGAGAGCCAGAUUGCCAAGCUACGAUCCGAGGUUGAAAAAGGAGAGGCAUUGCGACAAAGUCUGGAAUAUGACCUGGCUGUUGCUAGAAAGGAAGCUGGACUCGGAAGGCGGGCUGCUGAAGAAAGAUUAGCGGAGGCACAUAGGAUCCAAGAAAAACUCUGUGCUCAGAAUGCAGAACUUCAGGGAAAGGCAAGUGGGAUGGAGAAAGCAUUCCAGACUUCCCAGCAGAAAUGGAAAGAAGAAUGCAGAAGAUUUGAAUGUGAUUUGGAGGAAAGAGACAAUAUAAUUCAAAACUGUGAUCAAAAAUAUGAUUUACUUAUGAAAGAAAAAAGCAGACUAGAGAAAACUGUACAGGAAACGUUGGAAAAACAUCAGCAGGAGAAGAAUGAGAUGGAGUCUCAUAUCAGGAAGACAGCAUUGGAGGAAUUUAGAUUACAAGCAGAACAAUGGGAAGCAGAAAGAAGAGAGUUACAAUUUAUAGUACAGGAGCAAGAUAAUGCUUUACAAAAUAUGCAUGAGAAAGUAGAAAAAUUAGAAGCCGAACACAUGGAGUGCUCUGACCUUUUACGUCGACAGACAAGUGAAUUCGAAUUUAGCACUCAACGAGAGGAACGUCUUAGAAAAGAGUUUGAGGCAACUACUCUAAGAGUGAGGAAAUUAGAAGAAGAUAUUGAAGCAGAGAGAGCAGCACAUUUGGAAUCGAAAUUUAAUUCUGAAAUUAUUCAGUUACGGAUUCGAGACCUUGAAGGAGCUUUGCAGGUAGAAAAGGCCAGCCAAGCAGAAGCUGUUGCUGAUUUGGAAAUGAUCAAGAAUGAAUUCAAAGAAGUUGAAAGUGCAUAUGAACGAGAAAAGCAUAAUGCACAAGAGAGCUUUGCAAAACUAAAUAUAUUAGAGAGAGAGUAUUUCUCCAAAAACAAGAAACUAAAUGAAGAAAUCGAGGAACAGAAGAAAGUAAUUAUAGACCUUUCAAAGAGACUCCAGUAUAAUGAAAACAGUUGCAGUGAAUUACAGGAAGAACUUGUAAUGGCUAAGAAGCACCAGGCUUUUCUGGUAGAGACAUGUGAAAAUAACGUGAAAGAGUUGGAAUCAAUCUUGGACAGCUUUUCUAUGUCUGGCCAGUGGACAUCAGGCAUCCACAGGGACAAAGAUAAACCUCCCAGCUUCUCUGUUGUCCUUGAGAGUUUGAGGCGUACCUUGACAGAUUACCAGAACAAGCUGGAAGAUGCAUCUAAUGAGCUAAGCAACAUGAAUCAUGCUAAGGAAAAGACAUCUAAUGAACUUGAGUCUACCAAACAGAAGGUAGAGUCUCAUGCUAAAAAUAUAAAGUACCUUCAGGAUAAAUUGGCUGAUGUCAAUAAAGAAUUAAGUCAUUUACGCACUAAAUGUGCAGACAGAGAGGCUCAAAUAAGCACUUUAAAAGUGGAACUACAAAAUGUGCUGCACUGUUGGGAGAAAGAAAAGGCGCGAGCAGCCCAAUCUGAAAGUGAGCUGCAGAAGCGUUCCCAGACUUUCCAUACGGAUACCGAGGAGAAGCUAACCUUCCUUCAUACCUUGUAUCAGCACUUGAUAGCAGGCUCUGUGCUCAUAAAACAACCAGAAGGCAUGCUGGAUAAAUUCUCUUGGUCUGAGCUUUGUGCAGUUUUGCAGGAGAAUGUUGAUGCCCUGAUCGUAGACCUCAACAGGGCUAAUGAGAAGAUAAGUCAUCUAGAGUAUAUCUGUAAAAACAAGUCUGAUACGAUGAGAGAGCUUCAGCAAACCCAGGAAGACACCUUUAACAAAGUGACAGAGCAGAUCAAAGCCCAGGAGAGCUGCUGGCACAAGCAAAAGAAGGAACUGGAGCUGCAGUACUCCGAACUCCUCCUGGAGGUACAGAAGAGGGCACAGAAAUUUCAAGAAAUUGCUGAAAAAAAUACGGAAAAGUUGAACCGUAUUGAGAAGUCACAUGAACAAUUGGUUGUUGAAAACACACAUUUCAAAAACUUGUUAUCACAGACUAAAAGGGAACAAACAUCCUUGCUGGCGGCCUGCGCAUUGAUGGCUGGUGCCUUAUAUCCUCUGUAUAGCCGAUCAUCUGCCUUAUCCACACAGAGAGAUUUUCUCCAGGAGCAGGUCAACACCUUUGAGUUGUUAAAAUUGGAAGUUAGAACUCUAGCCCAGGCUUUGUCAAUUGUAGAGGAAAAGAAGCAAGAGGAAGCCAAGAUGAAGAAAAAAGCAUUCAAAGGAUUAAUACGUGUAUUCCGGAAAGGUGUUAUUGCAAUUUUGGCAGCAAACAGACUCAAGAUUUUGGGCCAGUCGUGUGCCUCUCUUUUUACCUGGAUGGAGAGUUUCAAAGAAGGCAUAGGCAUGUUAGUGUGUACAGGAGAGCCCAAAGACAAGCAUAAAUUUCCAAAACAUCAAAAGGAGCAGUUACGUUGUUUGCGAACUCUCAGUUGGCUCACCAGUUCUGACCUUCUUGUUGCAAUAAUCAGUUCUAUGGCUGAGUUACAGGAAGCUAUUAGUAAAACAGAUCCAAAUUCCAGAAUUUGUGGACAUUUGCUUAUAGGAGCAGCCAAGAGUUCUUUUGCAAAACUCAUGGAUAAAAUUAAUCUGGCAAUGGACAGUAUACCUUUGCACAGGAGCAGGAGUAUUAGAUAUGUGGAAAAAGAUUCCCUGGUUCAGAGGCUGGCCCGUGGACUUCAUAAAGUAAACACACUGGCCCUGAAAUACGGUCUAUGUGGCCACAUGCCCAUUUUGAAAAGCACAGCAUCAUUACAGAAACAAAUAUUUGGAUUUACACAAAGACUGCACACAGCAGAAGUGGAGCGCCGCUCACUACGCUUAGAGGUCACAGAACUGAAACGAAAUGUGAAUGAACUGAAGAAGGAGCUUGACAAAACCCAGGGUCUUCAGAUGCAGUUAAAUGAAGUUAAGCAGUCAAAAUUGAUCACCCAUGAGAAGUUUGCAAGUGCAUGUGAAGAAUUGAAUAAUGCAUUACUACGGGAACAGCAGGCUCAAAUGCUAUUGAAUGAGCAGGCACAGCAACUACAGGAGUUGAAUUAUAGGCUUGAAUUACAUUCCAGUGAGGAAGCUGACAAAAACCAAACUCUUGGAGAAGCUGUUAAGAGUCUCUCCGAGGCAAAGAUGGAGCUGAGAAGAAAAGAUCAAUCUCUGCGUCAGCUCAAUAGACAUCUUACCCAGCUGGAGCAGGACAAGCGUCGACUGGAGGAGAACAUCCAUGAUGCAGAGAGUGCCCUCCGCAUGGCAGCCAAGGACAAAGAAUGUGUUGCUAAUCAUAUGAGAACAGUAGAAAAUGUGCUUCAUAAGGUCAGAGAUCAGAUCUCGCUGUCACGGACUGCGGCAAGUAGGAAUGACUUCACCCUGCAGCUACCCAGACUGCACCUGGAGACCUUUGCAAUGGAGGGGCUCAAGGGCGGGCCAGAGGUUGUAGCGUGCCAGGCUAUGAUUAAAAGUUUCGUGGAUGUCUACCAGCUUGCAAGCACUAGAAUUGCUACACUGGAAAAGGAAAUGACAUCUCAUCGAAGUCACAUUGCAACCUUGAAAUCAGAACUUCACACAGCUUGUUUACGUGAAAAUGAAAGUUUACAAUCAACAGGAUCACAAGACCAUUCAAAUCUCUCCAUUCCUUCAAGAGCUGCUCUUCCUCGUGACACAAUUGACGUUGGGGAUCUUUUGCCAUUGAAAGCUGAACCUGACACAACUUACACUUUCUUAAAGGAGACACUUAUAAAUCCUGCGCCCCUGUCGUCAUCUCACUCCUCUCCAGUGAUGAUGUCUGCUACUGCCGGGAGACCAGCUCAGAUUGGAUUAUGACUUUAUGAAAUAAAAAGGAUGCAGGAAGAGUUAACAGUACAAUUAAAAUUGUUUUGAAGGGGGAUUUUCUUAUCAGUUGAAUUUUGCUUCAGCACAAGUGGCCGUGGGUUUUUAAAAAUUGUGUGAUACCUUGAUGUGUACAGGUAUCUGUGUCCCUUGAAUAAUGAAAUAACCAACU